UCCUUUUUUGUGAAUCCCAGCAAAGUUCUUGUUAUUUUACACAUAAACUCAGCAAUCAUGUCCUCCGACGGUAUUAAGGAAAUUGACUCCGAUUUGAUCGAAACCAACUACGACAAUGUCGUGUACAAGUUCGAUGACUUGAACUUGAAGCCUAACAUCGUGAGAGGUAUCUUUGGUUACGGUUACGAAACCCCAUCGGCCAUUCAACAAAGAGCUAUCUUGCCAAUCACUGAAGGUCGUGAUGUCCUUGCCCAGGCCCAAUCCGGUACCGGUAAGACUGCCACUUUCACCAUCUCUGCCUUGCAAAGAAUUGAUGAAAACGAAAAGAGCACCCAAGCCUUGAUCUUGGCUCCAACCAGAGAAUUGGCUCUUCAAAUCAAGAACGUCAUUACUUCCAUUGGUUUGUACUUGAACGUGACUGUCCAUGCCUCCAUUGGUGGUACCUCUAUGCAAGACGAUAUCGAAGCCUUCAGAUCAGGUGUCCAAGUCGUUGUUGGUACUCCAGGUAGAGUUUUCGACAUGAUUGAAAGAAGAUACUUCAAGACCGAAAAGGUCAAGAUGUUCAUUAUGGAUGAAGCCGAUGAAAUGUUAUCGUCUGGUUUCAAGGAACAAAUCUACAACAUUUUCCGUUUGUUGCCAGAAACUACCCAAGUCGUCUUGUUGUCUGCCACUAUGCCUCAAGAUGUGUUGGAAGUCACCACCAAGUUCAUGAACAACCCUGUCAGAAUCUUGGUCAAGAAGGACGAAUUGACCUUGGAAGGUAUCAAGCAGUUCUACAUCAACGUCGAAUUGGAAGACUACAAGUUCGACUGUUUGUGUGACUUGUACGACUCCAUCUCCGUCACCCAGGCCGUUAUCUUCUGUAACACCAGAUCUAAGGUCGAAUUCUUGACCACCAAGUUGAAGGCUGAAAACUUCACUGUCUCUGCCAUCCACGCCGACUUGCCCCAAGCCGAAAGAGACACAAUCAUGAAGGAAUUCAGAUCUGGUUCCUCCCGUAUCUUGAUUGCUACCGACUUGUUGGCUAGAGGUAUCGAUGUCCAACAGGUCUCUUUGGUCAUCAACUACGACUUGCCAUCUAACAAGGAAAACUACAUCCACAGAAUCGGUAGAGGUGGUCGUUUCGGUAGAAAGGGUGUAGCCAUCAACUUUGUCACCGAAAGAGACGUUGGUAUGAUGAGAGAAAUCGAACAAUUCUACUCCACUCAAAUCGAAGAAAUGCCUGCUGAUAUCGGUGCUUUGUUUAACUAAGCUGCUUAGUUCAUUAUGUAAUUUUAAUUCCAUAGUUUCUCUUUGUCAUUUAUAUUUGGUCGAAUACAAAAUUCUGAAAAUUUACUAUCUCUGGGUAUUUGACCUAAAAGAAUAAUAUUUCGCAUUGUGUGGUAGUUGAAUCAUAGAGCUGUAAUUGGAACCGAAUAGAAAGGAAACUUCUGUUUGACAAUAUAAUUCUAUCUACUUCUUACUUUCACGGCAGUAAUCCCUAG